AUGGAAACCUAUAAUUGGACAUCAAAUGAUUUCAUCUUAAUUGGAUUGUUCUCCCCUUCAAUAAUUGGCCUGUUUCUUUUUAUUUUCAUUGUUCUUAUUUUCUUAAUGGCAUUAUUUGGCAACCUGUCAAUGAUCCUUCUCAUCUUUCUUGACACGCAUCUCCAUACACCAAUGUAUUUCCUUCUUAGUCAGCUCUCCUUCAUUGACCUAAAUUACAUCUCCACCAUUGUUCCCAAAAUGGCCUCCAAUUUUCUGUUUGGAAACAAGUCUAUCUCCUUCAUUGGAUGUGGGAUUCAGAGCUUCUUCUUUUUGACUUUAGCAGUUGCAGAAGCAUUGCUUUUGACAUCUAUGGCUUAUGAUCGCUAUGUGGCCAUAUGCUUUCCUCUUCACUAUCCCAUAAGAAUCAGCAGAAGAGUGUGUGUGCUGAUGAUAAUAGGAUCUUGGAUAAUGGGCUCUAUCAACUCCUGUGCCCACACCACAUAUGCCCUCCAUAUCCCUUAUUGCAGAUCCAGGGCCAUCAAUCAUUUCUUCUGUGAUGUCCCAGCCAUGUUGACUCUGGCCUGCAUUGACACCUGGGUCUAUGAGUACACAGUGUUUGUGAGUACCACCCUAUUUCUUGUGUUGCCUUUUAUUGUUAUUGCUUGUUCCUAUGGCUGUGUUCUCUUUACUGUCUAUCGCAUGAACUCAGCAGAAGGGAAGAAGAAGGCCUAUUCAACAUGCAGCACCCACCUCACUGUGGUGACUUUCUACUAUGCACCCUUUGUUUAUACAUAUCUACGUCCAAGAUUCCUUCGAUCUCCAACAGAGGACAAGGCUCUGGCUGUCUUCUACACCGUCUUGACCCCAAUGCUCAACCCUCUUAUCUACAGCCUGAGAAACAAGGAAGUAAUGGAGGCAUUGAGAAGAGUAGCUCAGAGACUCUGCUCUGUGAAAAUGUAG